AUGGCCUGGCAUUGCACGCUCGAGCCGCGCGCGCUCGCAUCCGCGCUGACCGAAAGGAGGACGGGUCGCUUGCAGUCUGAGGACUUCGCCGGAGCGAGCGAGCAGCUGGAGCUGCAAGCGCGCACGAUGCUGGGGCUUGACCGCCGGCUGCGAGGCUUCGACGCGCGGUUCAGGUCGCUCGAGAAGGCCGUCACCUCAGCGGCAGAGCUGGCAGCGGCGAGCGCCAGGUGUGGCCAGGAUGGCGCGGAGGCGGCGACUGCAGCGGCUGCCGCCGUACGAGUGGAGGCGGAGGCGCGCUGCCGGGAGCUGGCGAAGCGGAUCGAUGGCCUUCGCAGGACUUGGAAGCCCAGGUGGACAGCAUUGUGCAGAAGUGCCUGGGCAAAGACUUCCAGAGCGUCCAGAGGCGCUUGA